AAAAUAACUAAGCUUUGAAGAAGAAGAAAAAAUGAUGGGUUCUAAGGCAUUUCUAUUUCUUGGCCUUAUUUUGGCUAUUUCUGCGAUGAUAAGGCCAGAAGUUGUAGCGAGGGAGUUGACUGAGAACUCAGUCAAAGUGGAUAACAAGAAUGUUAAAGUUGAACAUGGUGAUGAACAAUACCCUAGUGGCGGAUAUAAGGGAUAUGGCGAAUAUAAUGGAUAUAAAUCUUCUGGUGACACGUAUAAAUAUUCACAUGACGAAUAUAAUGAUGGUUACAAAUCUCCUGAUAAUGGAUAUAAAUAUUCACACGAUGAAUAUUGCAACGGAUACAAAUUCUCCGAUUCUCCGAUGAUGAAUAUAAACCCGCACAUGACACUCAACCUUCAGUAAUUGUGAUAGACAUAGGUGACAGAUACAAAUCUUAUGGGGACAGAUUUAAAUAUUCAAAUGAUGAAUAUAAGAAUGGAUAUAAAUCCCUCGAUGGCAAAAAUAAACACCAACAUGGUGAAUAUAACUAAGGAUAUAAAUCCCCUGGCGACGAAUAUAAUAAAGGAUAUAAAUCCUUCGAUGGCGAAUAUGACAAAAUAUAAAUUCUCCGAUGGAGAAUAUAAGUAUGGAUAUAAAUCCUCUGACGACGAAUACAAAUCUCCAUAUGGCGAAUAUAACAAAGGACACAAAUCCUUCGAUGACGAAUAUAACAAAGGAUAUAAAUCCUCCGAUAAAAAAUAUAAUUCUCGAUAUGAAUCCCCUGAU